GGAGGCAGUGGAGGAGGCUUCAUUUCAGUGCGAGUCUGCGAAAUAGCGGCACGGUCCUCUUUGCUCAUCGAGACACCGUCUGCCUUCCUCUCCUCCCCCCAUCCUUUCUCCACCGUUUCCUCGGCCAUAUUUCUAAUUCGGCUUAAUAAUGGCUUCAGGUGUGGCUGUGUGUGAUAAAGUUAUCAAAACUUUCAAUGACAUGAAGGUGCGCAAAACUUCCACCACAGAGGAUAUGAAGAAACGCAAGAAGGCUAUCCUCUUCUGCUUAAGUCCUGAUAAGAAAACCAUCAUCCUAGAGGAGGGCAAGGAAAUUUUGGUUGGAGACAUCGGUACCACAGUUGAUGACCCCUACAAGACAUUUGUGAAAAUGCUACCCCUGGAUGACUGCCGUUAUGCCCUCUAUGAUGCCAGCUAUGAAACAAAUGAGACCAAGAAGGAGGAUCUGGUUUUCAUCCUCUGGUGCCCUGAUAAUGCUUCACUGAAAAGCAAAAUGAUCUAUGCCAGUUCUAAAGAUGCACUCAAGAAGAAAAUGACAGGUAUCAAGCAUGAGUUGCAAGUAAAUAACUUAGAAGACCUAAUGGAUCGUUGCAUUCUUGCUGAAAAACUUGGAGGCAGCAGUGUCAUUUCCCUGGAAGGAAAGGCCUUGUGAAACCCCCAUCCCAUUCCUUACCCAGUGUCUGUGCCACUCCUUAAAGGGGCUUCCAUGUACCCAUGAUCACAAAGUGUCCCCUUUGUAGACCCUUUAUUCACAAUACUUUUUUUUUUUUUUUUUUUUUUAUUAUUAUAACUGACACGCCUACAAGCGGGUACCACCUAUAAACACCUUCUGUAGACAGGCCCAGCCUUCCUCUUGGUAACCUGCCUUUUGGUCUCCACCUUUAGAUUUGUUUUUUCUUAUUUGGGCCUUGAAACAUUGGCAGCUUUUCAGUACAAAUUUGCACAUUGGCUUUUUUCAUUUUUAAUUUAUCUUUUUUUUUUUUUUUUUUUUUUGCUGCCCUGUUCCACUGCAAUCUGCAUUUAUCUUAGAAGUUUGAGUUAUUUUUGCCAAAUGCAACCUGGCAGCAUAUAUCCAUCCUGCUAUAUAUUCUAUUCUUCUGUACAUGAGCUGUAACUGUAGAUAUUCCCAUUGUGCUUUGAAUUCAGGAGGAUCAAACAGCUGAGUGGUUCCUACAUUCCUUUGCCUAUUUAAUAACUGCAUACCAUUUUCAUUCCUUUUUUUUUUUUUUUUGGCAAACUAUUUCAGCCAAUGAAGUACUCUUAAUUUAAUGUUUACUUUAAACUUGAGAUUACGGGACACCGCCCCUUCCUUAGCCCUGUAUUCCAUAUUUUUGCAUUUGAAAUAGAUGGCCGUAUACACUAAAUAUUUUGCCAAUUUCUCUCUGCAAAUUACAUAAUUUCAUAGUUGAAGAGACUUGCGUCCAUCAAGUUCAGCCAUGCUCACAUGUUUUUGCUGUUGCUCCAAAAAAGGCAAAAAAUCCAGUCUAAAGCCCAAAUGUAUGGCCCUCUGCUCCUCUACUAUUAUGGAUAAAGGGUCUAUUUUUGGGAGGGUGUAGAUUUUGUUUUCUGUAGAAGAUAUUCACCUUUAGUACCUCUUGUCCCUACACCUCAAAGUCAAACAAACAUUAACUGCGGUCUCCAAUUUAUUUUUUCAGAGCUCUUUACUCAAUUGAGAAUUGUGAGGAACUUAAACUUCAAGGUCAGCAUAAACAAACUGGAAGCAUUGUUGACUUGGAGAAUUUUUCAUUUUGGAUUUCUUGACCAUAGAUGUUAAAUUCUCUUAAUUUCCAACACUUUUCACUCUAGUAAAUAACUCUGUUUGUCUUGUGUUACUAAUAGUCAUACUGGCAAAUCUAACAUUAAUAAACUUAUAAAGGUA